AUGAGGUUGUUAUUAUGGACGGUGUUGCUGGCAUGGACACUAGCUUCAUCGCAAGCUCGAAAUUUUGCUCUCUCCGGCACUGAAGAGAAAACAAAGCACCAAUCGAAACUGACGGCCGCUGGCCUUAUCACUGAAAGCCAUGGAAACUUAGACCAGACACCCGCAGGCACUGAGAAAAAGGAAGCAAAAAGCAGUCACCAAGAAUCUGGCGGCGGCCACGAACACCAUGCACACCACCACAAGGAGAACGACGAAAAGGGGGACAAGGGUUAUAAGUCUCAUCAUCAUCACGAUAAAGGCGAGCAUGGCCACAAAGAGCAGCAUCAUCACGAGGGUCACCACGACGAGCAUGGAGGACAUAAAAAGAAACACCACGACGAGCAUGAUCAUCAUGGCGAACAUCACGAAGCCGCUCACGGGCAUAAAGGUGGUAAGUUUGGCCAUAAAAAGGGACACAAGAAAGGCUCCAAGACGACUGGAUUCCACCACAAAUCGCACAAAGACGAAUAUCAUAAAGAACACAAGUUCUACGACGACUUCCAUAAGGGUGGCCAUCAUCACAAACACGGCGACUUCCACGGACAUCAUGACAAGAAAGAUGGCCACCACAAAAAGGGUGGACACCACGAAAAAGGCCACCAUGAGAAACAUCAUGGUAAGAAGGGCAAACACGACAAGGGGCAUUACGACGAAGACCAUAAGGGCCACAAAGGCCACCACGGUCACGAGGAACAUCAUGCCCAUCAUCAUGAUUAUGGUAAAAAAGGUGGACAUGCUGGGGGAAAGGAGCAUGGUUACAGUCACGGAAAGAAAGCU